AUCACACUACAACAACUAUUCAAUUUCUCGGAUGAUACCUGGACAAAAUUGACAGAGAGGAUAGGCAUGAGAUCCCUUGAUGAUGAGCUGGAGUUUUACGAGCUUGUCGAAUUGGAUGCAGAAGGCGAAGAGGAUGAGCAAAGUUUCAAUGAUAUGAUGUGUAGUCACGGUACAGUGUAA